AUCUCAUCUCCCCUCUCCCCUGAGAUUGUUGACUGCUCUCUGGUACCAAGUAUCUUCCCCAAUUCAGCGUGAUGUCGUCAGAUGAAAUACGACCGGUGAGUGAAGGGCCCGCUUCGACUGAAGCGCAGACUCCAGCUCCAUCUUCAGCUCCAGGCCCGACCGUGGAACCAACUCCCACCACGGCUCCUCCCACUUCGAACGCGCGACAAACCCCGAUCGCCGGCUAUCGAAACCCAAUUCACAACCCAUUCCCAGCCUCUCUUGCCAGUGAAUGUAGAAAAGCAGGGCAAAUCAUCGAUUCGUUCGUGAAUCCCAAAUAUGCUGGUUUAGAAGGUGCAAUUCCCGCUCGCAUUCUCGCCCCAGCCAAAGGCCUAGUAAUCUGCAGCGUCUUCAAAGCCGGCUUCCUAGGCUCCGUCCGCUUCGGCUCCGGUCUAAUCGUCUGCCGCCUCCCUGAUGGAAGCUGGUCCGCCCCAUCGGCCAUCUCGCUGGGCGGGUUAGGCGCCGGCGGCCAGUUCGGAAUGGAAUUUACCAAUUUCGUAUUCGUUCUCAACACUGACGCCGCAGUCAAGACUUUUAUCAACUCGGGCACGUUGACUCUGGGCGGAAAUAUCUCCAUAGCCUUUGGAACUGGUCGAAGUGCUGAGACUGCGGCUAUGAUUGGGACUAAAGGCGUUGCGGGCAUUUUUGCCUAUUCGAAGACUCGGGGUGUGUAUGGCGGGUUGACUCUUGAGGGGGGUAUGAUUGUGGAGCGUUCUUCUGCAAAUAAGAAGCUUUAUGAUCGAAAGUUGAAGGCGAAGGAGCUUCUUACUGGUGAAGUUCCGCCGCCGCCGCAGGCCGAACCGCUUAUGCGUAUUCUGAAUUCGGAGGCUUUCCGGCUUCCAGCGGGGGGCCAAGAGUCUCCGGCUGCGGAUGUGCCUGCGCCGGCGGCUGGCGAUCAAGCUGCAGAAAUUCAAGCGCCGGUUCCUCCAGUGGCGGUUGCUCCAGUUGCGGGAGCUUCAGUGCCAGAACAUACCCGGGAAGCCCAAGCAUCAGAGGUCCCAGUUGCGGAAGCUGCCUCUCAGCCAGCUCCGGCCGUGCCUGAGCUGGAAACCCAAUUACCACGAGAACCGUCUACCGACAACGAUGCCCACAAUGUAUCCCAAGAAGCUGCGGAACAGCCUAAGGAAGCCUCCGGCGCUCCCGAGCAUGAUGUGCAGCCUGCAGUCGAGGGCGAGGCUUCCAAUGACACCCAAUCUCCAUCACAGGAUACCCUGGAAACCACGAUAGAAGCUCAUCCAAGUUCUGCGGCUGAUACUCAGCCCGCGCAUCCAUCUCAGCCGAAGCUCGAGCAUGAAGAGUCGCCUGUUGUUAAAAAUACCGGUGAUGCUCCCAGAGAGACAUGAUCUUCGCAGGACCGGGCUUAAUAUCUGAAUUCUUUAAGCCCAUAUGUUCUGUUUGAUUGAUUUCUGUCGUGAUAUCCUAAUUUUAUUCCGUUUCCAUUGUUUGCUCAUGAUCUUUCUCGGCGAAUGGAAAUGGAGUGCUUAGUAACUGGGUUAUACUUUAAAUUUUGGGAUAAUUGAAAGUUGUGCACAUUUCCUGUGGAACGUCUCUCAAGUCAAGAUCCAUUACCAAUCUUCGAGCUUGAAAUCGCUAACCAUUAAUAUCUGUGGCGUUUUUAUGCAUUUUCGUGGCCCACUCUUGUGUCCAUUAUCUAAACCGAGGUGAAUUGACUUUUUUGUUAGAUUACUGAUCACGGGA